AUGCGUUGCGUCUCAGUCUCGACCUUGUUCUUCACAGUUGGUGCACACGCGGCCGCUGUUAAAUCCAAGGCAGGAUGUCCUACCGGCUGGGAGACUUCAUACACUGCCACUGCUACAGCUGCGGUAGCUGCUGCUGCUGCGACGGCCAAGACGAGCAGUCCAACGAGCCAUGUCAAAGGCAAAGCUUUUGAUCGAUUCGUCGUGAUUUGGAACGAGAACACGGACUACGAGAAGGCACGCGGUGAUCCCAACCUGUCGUGGUUGAUCCAGAGGGGUAUCCUUCUGGAUAACAACUUCGCCGUGACCCAUCCGUCGGAGCCCAAUUACUUCGCGGCAGUCUCUGGUGACUAUUUCGGUAUGCAAAACGACAACUUCAACCGCGCCGACCGCAACGUGUCCACCGUGUUCGAUCUCCUCGACACCAAGGGUAUUUCUUGGGCUUCCUACCAGGAGGACAUGCCCUUCUCCGGCUUCGAGGGCAUGGCUUGGGUGAACCAGAAGAAUGGCGCCAACGACUACGUCCGCAAGCACAACCCGCCCAUCUUUUUCGACAGCGUCACGCGUUACGAGCAGCGCCUGUCGCAGAUCAAGAACCUCUCCAUGAUCGACAAGGGCGCCUCCAUGUUCCACCGGGAUCUCAAGGAGAACAAGUUGCCUCAGUGGAUGUUCAUCACGCCCAACAUGACCUCGGAUGGCCACGACACUUCCGUCACGGUCGCAGGCACGUGGACGAGGAAUUUCUUGGAGCCAUUGUUGGACGACCCCAAUUUCAUGAGCAACACGCUUGUGCUCGUCACCUUCGACGAGAACGAGACGUACAGCCACCAGAACCGCAUCCUCGGUAUCCUUUUGGGUGAUGCGAUUCCGAAGGAUAAGAUUGGCACCACCGACUCCAACUUUUACAACCACUACUCGGAGCUCUCCACGGUGCAAGCCAACUGGGACCUUCCCACGCUUGGACGGUGGGACGUUGGCGCCAACGUCUUCCAGGUUGUCGCUGACAAAACCAAGAGCGUGCUCAGACAGUGGAGCAGUUCAUCCAAUGUCCCGGAUCGUUUCUGGAACCAGUCGUACGCUGGUUUCUUCAACGUCAAGGCCGCGAGACAAUACCCCAAGCCGAACCUAGCUCUGGAGAAGAACGCAGCCGGGAGAAAGAUCCUCGAAAGAGUGAAGAAGAUCUGGGAGAAGAGCGAUGCGCCUACCUACUACCAGGAUACCAUCCAAAUCCCCGAUGGUCUUAACCCACCUGCUGGAUACGCAGCUUAA